CGGACCGAGGAGAAUGCGUAAUGGCGUUUGAGUUCAACUUUGACGACGAGAUAUUCCAAGAAUCAAACUGCAGAACAAAAGUAGUUUCAGGGAUUUACAGCCCGAAGCUAUGCGAUCCUGAGGUUUGUUUUUAUUGGGUAUUUAAAUUAUUUUUACUCAAGGCUGCUCUGAUAUGGCCACCGCCAAAUAAGCCUCCCAGCUCUCAAAUAAGCCUCCCCCUUUUUUCGAGGGAAGAAAGUUAAUAAAUCCCCCUCUCUUUUAACCCACCCCCUCCCCUUUCCUAAUUAUUCCUCAGUAAUAAACGAUAGGCUGUGUUAAUCAAUCACGACUGUAAAACUUCGUGUGGACUGAUGUGGUAUGAUUUAAGGUUAAGCUUAUUCACCAGCUGGAAGUUCGGAUUUGUUUUUGAUCCUCGGCUGCAUGACCUCUAACUUCUCAUACUUGAACUUUUCUUCUUUGUAUUCCAGUUCUUAAUGGAGAAGUGAACGUCUUUUGUAAAUUAAACAAGCCCCCAUCUCAAAUAAGCCCCCCCCCACACCUCUGUAUAAACCCCCCCUCCCCUCACAGUAAGCUAUGAUAUUAAAGUUUAAUUUUUUGUGUGUGAUCAUAUGAUAAUUGAAUCAAAGGAAAGUAAACUUAAAAUCUGAACCUUUAUCUUUAUUCAAAAGGUUAAAUAGUCAGUGUUCAGUUGAACAAACUGAUCUUGUACCUUAACAGAAACCUUCAAUGGGCUGAUAAAAUGUUUAGUCAAAGAGGUUGCCAUUCAUUGUUUCAAAUCUAAGAACCAAACUGCUUCAGGCUUUUUGUUCUCUUUUUCAAAUGUAUUGGGAUUAAAAUAAAUUUGAAUAAAAACCAAACACAAAGUGCACGGACUGGUGGUAUAACUGUAGUUGAAUGAUAUUACAACACCCUUUUAUUUAUCAUUGUGGAAAUGUCAUUGUGGUUCUUGUGGUAGAAGUGACAGUGAGAUGAUAUAUAGUAGACUUAACCAUUUCCCUGUUCCUUUUUUUGCCAGUGGUUCAUGCAAUUCUCUGCUAACGAUGACCCAGCAGAGAAACAAAAUAUCAGGAAGUUUCAAGGAGAUCUUUUGUACCAUAAACAUAAGUAUGAACAAGCCCUUGUCAUGUACCAAGAAUCUCGGCAAAGCUUGCCAUCAAACAACACAGUGCUGGACAGGGAACUAUUGGAAUCAAUGGCCAUGUGUUUAUUAAAACUGGGCAAAUUUAAUGAGGCUUUGACUCUUGUCAAGGAAACAAUAGUAAGAUAGUCAUUUUUUAAAAGUCAGUUGUGAUACUUGGUAUAAAUAUAGUCUUCCUUGAAUCUGGAUUUCAAGUAACAGGCAUGAUCAAAGGAUUUUUUGGGGUUUCAAAUUUUGGAUUCUGGGAUUUUUUUGGGUAGGAAAAUUGGGCAAGUUUUUUUGGGUGGCUUGAUUUAAGUAGGGAUUUUGUAGGUGUUCAAAACAAAUCUGAAGAUUUAUGCCUGCGUAUCCUGGCUGUGUAGUUCUGCAAUUAAAGUACAGCCAAAUAAAGUAUAACAUGUUAUUUAUAUCAUUUAAUACUUUCUGGAAAUUUUUAAGGUUUCCAAUUUCAGCACGGAGUUUUUUGUAGGUUAAGUUUUGGUCCAGGGAUUUUUUGGGGUUUAAUUUUUGCGCCCCUUCGAUGAUCCCCAUCACUUGAAAUCCAGAGUAUCCCCCAGGGGACUAGGUGUUGUGCUUUGUUGCAAUAUUUCCUAUUUUUUUUGUAUGUUUCAAUAACUAGUGAAGUAUAUAAUAGUAAAGCAAGCCUGAUAUGGGUGAUGGUUUGAGACAAUUCUAGUAAAUGCAGCCAUGUGAAAAUUACAGCAAAGUAGAUGGUGAUGCUAGAUGUAGAUUACUUGCCAGAGCUCCACAAGGUGCUGCAAGGUGCUUAAAAAUCCUGGGUACGAAAUAAUUACCUACAGUAUGCUGGUAGAAUUAUGCUAAAACAUUGUCUGAUAAUAAGAAUUAGAAACAUAUCAAAGAUCAAAGAUAAUAUCAAAUAAGUGGUAUUGCAUGAGUGAUUGAGAGUGAACAGUCACACAAACUUAUCCUUGAUCUUGGAUUGAACUGGAUUGGAUUUGAAUGAGCGAGUUGUCGAGUGAGUUGUGAGCAGUAUUAACUCUCUCUAAUAUCAUGACAAAUAGUCUAGUUUUUUUUUGUAUUUGUCUAGUUUGUAGUAAAUUAUGUAGCCUGGCCUGCCUCGAAUAGCCUUACUAACUGCAGGCCAGUCCCAAUGUAUCUUUUGUUACAUUUCCAAAUUUGAUUUAAAUCUUCUCAUUCCAGCCUUUGUUGCUGGCUAACAAUAGGAAGGUUUCUGCCAAUACCCUCUACUUACCCUAAGAGAGAUAAGUAAGGCUGCUUUCUGGUUUUUAUUAUGCCAAAUUGCAUUGAGUAUUUUAGCCUGUCCCUUGAAUAUCUGCAUAUUCAUUUUGAAAUAUAUUCGAUUGUUUCCAUGACAGGAUAACAACCAACAUAAUGAUUCUUCCAGGUGGCAAUUGCUAUCUCAGAUAUACAGAGUCAUGGGAAAUAUACAAGGUAUUUAAAACUAGCAAUGAUAGGCAAUGAUAGAAGAUGUGGUUCCAGAAAAUAUACAUACCCUCCCCCCCAACCCCCAACAUUUUAGUGCUUUCACGUCCGUUCACUGAGCAUCACUAUUUGCUACCUUCACAUUGCUGGAAUUUACACAUUUUGAUAUGUUUCAUGUUUUCUCAGUGGUUAUUCGGGGUAGUAACUCAUAAAAAAUGUGAUGAGACGAGAGUUCUUUCGUUCUCAUUUCUUGCUCGAUCUUCAGAAGACCCGGCUACCUCGCUAAUAAGAUUACUUUUGCAAUCGUGACCAUGUUCAUGAAACCUAGCGCAUCAGCAUGUGUUAGUGACUAUUUUGGUCCCUAAAUGAGAAUCAACCUGAAGAAAUUGACAAAAUGUGUAGACAAAUAAUCAGCAAGAAAGGAACCUUGUAAGUUUCUGUUUUGUUUUUUUUUUGCUAUCGUUUGCAAAGUUGUUUAUAUAAGCAAGUGAAACUUAAGUUCUCUUCAUAAUGUUCGCGUCGGAGGAAGCACAAAAACGUAGAACAAUCAAUGUUGUAAACUUUGCAACCCAAAUGUUUAAGCUUAUAGGCUUACAUAAAAACAAGACAAACAUAACUUGCAAAUUUGAUGGCCAAGAAUUUUAAAAGUUAGGUGAAUAAUAAGCUUGACAAAAGUUUACUUUGUUGUAAUAAAACUCUACCAUGAUUUUGUAAAUGAGUUAGUAUUCACUUUCUGUUUUUUUUAAAGUACCAAAACCACUUUGACAUGAAGAAGUCCCCGUUUAAAUAUUCCGGAAAUUCCUGGGGGGAAGGGGGGGGGGUCAUCAAAGACCCCCUUGGAACGGAAAAUCCUGGGGGGUGGGGGAGUGCAUAUCAAAGAGUCUUCUGUCACGGAGGUAUGGAUAUUUUCUGGAACCACACCUUCCAAUAAAAUUGCACUGAAUUAGUGAGAGUGAAGAGAUUCCAGCCUUUGCAAAUAUGAAGUGUUCAGUUUUCUCUUUUGCACCAGACCCGGCCUUCUCACUUUAAAAAUAGAUUGUUUUUGGUAAAAUAGGUGCUUAGAAAAUUAAGUUGUAGUACAGGAAGCCCCAAAGCUGCUAUUAUCCCCAAGAUUUGACCACUCAUACAAUCAGGUAACAUGGAGGUGUGCUUUUUUAUAUCUGGGAAAAGAAAAACAGAUUAAGUAACUUCAUUUAAGCCAUCAGCAUUCAAGGACCGUAAACUGAAAUCACCUUUUGCACACCAGUGCAUAUUGCAAAAAAGUAGGCUCCUGCUUUUAGGGUACAAAAAACAUAGUCAUCAUCACCAUCAUUAUAAUUUUAAAAAAGCUAGGCAGGUAACCACGGUGUACUCCACUCCAUGAACUCCACCUAGUCUGAGACCAUGGGUGUUAUUCAGGGUUCAUACAGUCUUAAAAAGUCCUUGAAAAGGCCUUGAAUUCCAUUUUUGCUAGAAAAGUCAUUAAAUUUCUGUGCAGGUCCUUGAAAAGUCCUUGAAUUUUCUUCAACUUUGAAUGCAGUGGUGUGGAUUUGUGUUUUUUGUGCUUUUUGUUUGUCCAAAACAGAAUUAUUAUAAAUCAUAGCUCAGAGAAGUUAAAGUAGACUUUCACGCUUUGCGCUCGAGAACAUUUUGAGCUCGACUUGUUUGCAAGUCUAAAGGUGAUUUACAUAAAGUCUAAAGGUGAUUUACAUAAAGCGUUUUUUGUAUUUUGAAUAAUUAACUAUCAAUUUAAGACUGGCAAGUGAACUGCAAACUUUAGAGAAAAAUAGAAUAGAUACAUGCAGAAAAUUUCUGGCGUACUGUAGAUAUUCAAAAUAACCAAAAUGUCCAUUUUUUCUGUUUCGGGACAGGUGAAAUUGAUGCCCUUCAUCAUUGUGCAACACUUCACUCCUGGAACUAUCAAUACUGGUACUCAUUAGCCCUGGCGUAUGAAAAACUAUCUACAAGUUGCGUUAGGUGUUCAAAUGAGAACUUUGGAAAUGAUGAUCUUGGAAGCAAAAGUGUUGUAUUGCAACAAUGUUUAAAACAAUGUUUAACAUGUCAAAGAAACUGCAAUGAAAAGUCUUUGAAUGGUGAAAGCCUGCAAAAUACUGAUUUAACAGCAAAGUUGAAUGGUUGUUGCAUCACAAAUAGCACAAAUGGCAGGACUCAACCUUUUGUGUGUUCAAGUUCUGAUGAAGAACACAUUAUGAAUUCAGAGCCUGUAGUUAUUGGCCAACAUGGCACCUUACCUGGACACGUUAAAUGCAAAUCUUUCUCCAGUCAAUCAGAUGAUCGAGUUCAGGGACAAACCAAAGAAAAAUUGUCUUUCAAUGGCAUAUGCUUAAAUUCCAAGACAAACAAUGUCACUUUGUCAACAUUUGUCAUAACUCAAGAAAAUUGCUUUAAUGUGGGUGAAUACCACAAAUACCAGGAUGCCAUGAAAGCACCAAGUGUUCAAAACAAAAUACAAUGGAGAAAUCACAUACUUUCUUUUGGUUGUCUCAUAAAAGCAAGGUAAGUCAGAGGACUUCUCUCUCACAACUGGGAGCUGUGCCAAGCCAAACCAUGCAGCAUGACUUAAUACUGAGACAAGAUCUAUUCUAACAACAAUAUUGAAACUAUGGCACUAUACUUCAAACACCAAAACAACUUUUAAACACUCAAGUUGAUGAUGAGCCUGCGGGCCCAUAUUUUCUUAAGAAUCCAGUGGUAAUUGCCAGAUGUGGAAAACUGUUCUUGUUUCCAGUUGAGAUCAACAUAAUAAGACACAAAUGCCAGUUAACAAAGCAAAAAAAGACUGCUUUGUUAGCUUAAGGUCCUCAGUGCUUUUAUCUUUCAGUAUUUUGUUUUGGGCCAUAUCAGUCAAUGGCAAAUGGCAGUAAAACAACUGAAUUUUAAACCAGCUUGUGACCUAAAGACCCCUCCCGGUACCCAUACCUAGAGCUCCUCUGAUCCUCUCAGCUGUUUUUUUACCAAGUUCUUUAACUACAAUCAAACUCCACCCCUUAUAAAGGACUGCUUCUUGAAAGUAAUAAGAACUUCCUGUGAGUGCAGUCCCUCUAAUACUUGCAAGUCACCAGAAAAUGCAACUGACAACAUUAUCUUGGUUACCCAUGUUGUGGUUCGAUCAUUAGUUUAAUCACUGGUUUAAAUUUAUUUUCUUUUUUUGUCAACUCAUUUUCAUUGAUUUUCAUUAAGUAAACAUACUUAAAAUGAAGAAAAUUUGACUUAAUACCACGGAUGAAAUUGAGCCACAACACCUCUGACUGUAAUGGAAGUGACCUUUUCAUUUAGUGGACAUCUGCAUGAGAUCUUGAGUUAAAGCUUUUUCAUGGUACUUUCAACCCCCUCCCCCACCCCCAGACUUCAAAAUUAAUCUUAUGCUGUUUCAUAUUUUUGUGCACAUGUGCUAAGAAAAAUCUAAACGUGGAAGGAGUUGGUAGCUGUUGAAUUAACCUCAGUGCAGUUUAAUCUCUUAAAUGGUCAAAUUUAUUCAUGACUUUAAUUAAAAGAGUGUUCAGCCAAUUAAUGCUUAUUAUAGUUUCUUGUUCUGUUUCCCGUCAGAUUCUUUCUUGAAAAAGCUGUUGAGUCAUCUUCUUCAUUUGCAAAAGACAAAUGCAAAGCAAUGCUGACAAAGGUUUGUUUAUCUUAUAUAUUAUUGCUUUUAAAGAAUGUUCAAACCAUGCUCAGAUCAGGCAUGCAUGACUCAGUCAGAUACAUUGUAGGCCAGAGAAAAACGUAAAAAAUCUUGUACCACUACCUACCUAUUCUUACGAUCCUCAUAGUUUUCGCAAAGGCUUUUUCCACAAAAAUGAAGCCUCGGAAAUGCCAGCAAAGAAUAAGACAGGGAAAGAAAAGUGAAAAAGGCAGAGAGUGUCUUUUGUUUUCUCCAAAAAAAUUUUGCCUUCCGCAUACACCCGAACAUUGAAUGCUCAGUAUAUGGUUUGACGUCAGAAACAACUGAAACAAAAACCAGCGUAAUGCUUGACUUGUAAACAACAUCAGCCACAUGAAGCUUCAAAAGGUUCAAAAGGGACAAUACGAAUAGUUUAUAAUAAGACACAUUUACAAAUACCUUUCUAUAAUUAAAAAAAGUAUACCAUUAUUUUUAAUUAACAGAUGUUGCCAUUUUUUAAGUGGAAAUAAACUUAAAGUAUUUUUUUGUUAGUCAUUCGUUAGUUAAAAAGAAAACGGCAAUUUAUGUGCAUGAUUUGUAGUGAUAUUUGGCAUAAAUACCUAUACUAAUUUCCAGUGGACAAAAACCUUGUACCAGAAUAUUUUAAGUCAUAUUGCAUUCUUUUUUACACUUUUCAAUUCCUAUAGAUGUAGUUAGUUAUCUGUAAUAACACCAAAGACAAUUUCUUAUGGAAGCCAGGCAAAAUAAAUUUCAAAUUUCACAGGAAUUGAGAAAACACAAGUAAAAUCAUCAUGCAUAAGAUUUCAUUUUGUGAAAUUUGAAGCUUUUGAAGUUUGUUUUCUUGGGCUCACAUAAGAACCUUUUCUAUGGAGUUAUUUCACAUAAUUUAUUACAUUUAUAGCCCUCAAAAAGUGUUAAAAAGAAUGCAAUUUGCUUAAAUUUAUUCCGGUACGGGGUUUUUGUCCACUGAAAAUAAAAAUUACUUAAUUUCCUUAUGGAUUGCGUGUUAAUUCCUUUUUUUGUUUUAUUUGGCAGUCUCCUAUUCUUUUUUGUCUGAUGCUUCGUUCCUUCACAAGCAGAACAAAUGAAAAAAUUUCCUCCAAGUACGAUAAUUGCCGAUUAUUUCUCUAUUUCAGUUCAACUGAAAACUAUUGUUUAUUUGUUGUUCACUUAUUUACUAGGUGAAAGAUAAGACUUCCACCCACACUGACUGUGGUUGUGCUGAUUUAAAAGAUAAAGUUUUAGAGGUAAUAUCAUCAGUGUUUGCAAGUAAAGCUCACUUGAAAAUUCUUUUCUAUUAAUGCUCUAAUUGUUCUGAUACGGUUUAAUUUCUGCAGUAAGAAAACUGUGAAUUGCCAUCCGGGGUAUAAAAAUAGUUACAAUUUGUUUCCAUUUAGCCACUGGAGUCCUUCCCGGCUUGCAAAGCUUUUCUAUACCGAAUUCCUGCAAACGAAUUCCUAGAGUGGGAACGUUCAAUUUAAGAACGCUACCGAGCUGUAUGUUUCUUUGAUGCUGUUUAUAUUGCUGUGUAAUUUGAUGGUCUGGAGAGAAUCAACGGAGGUGAACUAUAAAGUGGUGGUAAUAUGUCGCAUGUGAAAUAUGUUACGUAUCAGUAAAAUAGCUUUGGUAAAGUCAAAUUUCUUAGAUGAUGUUGAAACAACUAUGUAAGCUUUAUACGAGCAAGUGUUAGUUAAGCAGUCGGUCGAAGCGACAAUGACUGUUUCAUGAAGAGUUCAAGCCGUAAUCAGGUUCCUCCAGGUCGUUCUGUCCUUUGCUCGCUGCCUCCAAGAAUCUACUAAAAUGUUCUACCGCUUCAUGUUUCUUUUCACGACCAAAUGUAGUGAAGGAGUAUUAGUAAGGAGUGGACAAUUGAUCCAUUUGAUCGAUCUGUCUGUGUGCUGUAACUUUUCUUUACCUAUUAAUUUACAUGUGUUUGCGAUCAGUUUAUGGAAAAAAAAACGUAAUGCGGACAAGUAUGAAACGCGGAGUAAGAGACUCAGUUACUCGCAAGCUCUAAAGUGAGAGACCGUCUUAGUUUGAAGCCCCUGAGAAGCACAUGUAUUUAAUCAACUGAUCAAGAAGAUAGAUAAGAACCACCUCAUACCGCUUAAAAAGUAUUCUCCGUUUUCACAUGACGUCACCAAAAUUCAAACUAAGAAACUAUCCCUUCUUCUGAGUUUCUACUUUCAUGUGAUAUUAGAGCACCUUAUAACCUUCAUACAAAUAAAUUUUCGGUUCAAACGGGUUCUUUGUUUCGCGACAUAGGACGCUUGAAUUUCCAGGCUUUUGCGUGACGCGGCAUUUAGCUGGCGGCCGGGAAAGCUCUUAUGUGGGUUAAAAACAUUACGGACUUUUGGAGAUUUUGCUAUGUAAACAUUCCUUGUCUUAGGAUAAAUAUUACUUUAAUCUUUAUGAGUUCCUCAAGCGAAGAAUUCACGCAUAAGUAGGAAAACUCAAAAACAGAUGUUCCUGUUGGUUUCCGGCGGCCAUAUUUGUGCCCCUGAAAAGGACACAAACAUGGCGUCUCCAUACAAAGAUUUAUAAAUUUGGGUAAAACGUUUUUCCGAAUAUCUCGCAUAUGAACUAUUUCAUAGACCUGAUUCUUGGCAAGGCUUUUUGUAUAUUUAUCUUCUUUCAUUUCCCAGAUUCUAGACUUUCUGUAUUAAAAGGUUUCCAUUUUUAUUUCUGCUUUCUCACGUGAGUGAAAACCGAGAAUAGGGNCCUUGUCUUAGGAUAAAUAUUACUUUAAUCUUUAUGAGUUCCUCAAGCGAAGAAUUCACGCAUAAGUAGGAAAACUCAAAAACAGAUGUUCCUGUUGGUUUCCGGCGGCCAUAUUUGUGCCCCUGAAAAGGACACAAACAUGGCGUCUCCAUACAAAGAUUUAUAAAUUUGGGUAAAACGUUUUUCCGAAUAUCUCGCAUAUGAACUAUUUCAUAGACCUGAUUCUUGGCAAGGCUUUUUGUAUAUUUAUCUUCUUUCAUUUCCCAGAUUCUAGACUUUCUGUAUUAAAAGGUUUCCAUUUUUAUUUCUGCUUUCUCACGUGAGUGAAAACCGAGAAUAGGGUGGUUAUAACUCUAUAUGGCCAGUGGAUGAAAUACCGUGAAAAUGUUACGCUUUGAAUUACAGAAUAAUUCAAAGUAAAUUACGUUUUUUAAAACAUUCAGUAUCUUGGACUUUUUUUUUCAAGUGCAGUUUUGUAAAUUUUUUAAAGGUUAUUUUGUCUUUUUUUCUUCAGAUGCUGUACACUUCGUUUAUUGCUAAUGAGCCAGAAGUAUCUGACCUCGGUGGUCAAGAUAAAGCAAGAACUGAGGUAAUUACUGUACAUAAUGAUAUUUAAUGGUGGUACGUGAAAUCAGAAAUCAUGUUUUGACAGUGGAUGUAAAAUCAAAAGACCGAGAUAUGUCACGCUAUUUAGUCAUCAAGAACCGUGGCCACUCGAGUUAAAUGAAUCAUGAAAAUAGUUGCUUCGAGCAGUGAAGAAAUACUUGAUAAACACGGCAAAUACGAAAAAAAGGCGGAUGGCCAAAACAUGGGCCAUAAUCCCUUUUUCUUUUUCUUUUGAUUGAAAGCGUUUUCUCGGAUUAUUUUCUCUAUUCUUUUCAGAGCGUCUAGUCACUAAAUUGAAGACAAAAAGAAUUAAACUGAAUUGCUUUGUAUGCUUUCAUAUUUGAAUUCCAAUUUUGCACUAACCCUGGGUUAUCUUAACCUUUCUUUGAACAACUCGGCCGUCUAUAGCCUGUGGACACAGACGUAUUUCCGGUCGCUUCUGUCCACCCGAAAAGUUAGGAUUUAAGCUAAGUUCCCCAUGUUUCUUCUUUUUAGAGUUAACAAAAAUGUUUUCGAUUUCAGCACACUCCUGCCUAAUUAUCAGUAAGAGAAGAUUUGCAGGGGACUCAAAUAUAUUUUUUUUCUCCUCAGGACUGUAAACUGCGAGAAAAUUCAGCCCCCGAUGGCGAGGUCACUUUCAGUUUUGAACAGAAGUGGUUUAGUAAUUUACUGUCUUACAUGCUGAGUGAAAAAAGCUAACGCUUUCUCCAGUGACAGCGAAAUUUUAUUUUUCUUUUUGUUUCACAUUGAUCUCUUAACACCUAGGAAUAGUAAUGGUCGCUUUGUAAUACAACAGUG